AUGUGGAGUGCAACUACCAUUGCUACUGCGAGAAGGAUCUGGGAAGGUUGCUAUCGGCUGGUGGACAAUUUGCAAGGGAUCCAGAAGAAUUUUGAUGAGGCUGCCAAGGUUUUGAAGUUUAACUGUGAAGACAAUCAGCACAGCGAUAGUUGCUACAAACUGGGGGCCUACUAUGUGACUGGGAAAGGUGGUCUGACCCAGGACAUGAAAGCUGCCGCCAGUUGCUUUUUGAUAGCGUGUGAGAAGCCCGGAAAGAAGUCUUUAGCAGCAUGUCACAACAUUACUCGCCUGGCACAUGAUGGAUGGGUUAAUGAGGAUGGCCAGCCUGACCUGGGAAAGGCCAGGGACUACUAUACAAGGGUCUGUGAUGCUGGUUAUGCCUCCAGCUACUUCAACUGCAGUGCCAUGUUCCUGCAGGGUGGCACUGGCUUUUUCAAGGACAUGGACAUGAAAUGUAAAUACUCCAUGAAAGUCUGUGAUGUGGGUCAUUUCUGGGCCUGUGCCAAUGCCAGUCGCAUGUACAAGCUGGGGGAUGGCAUCGAAAACGAUGAGGCCAAGGCUGAGGUGCUAAAAAUUUGA